GACAGCAACAGCUCCAGAAAGCGUCGGCGCUCCAAUCCUCUCUACCCUCACACUCACACACACACACACACACACGCGCGCGCGCACGCACAUACACGCACUCCAGAAGAGAGAGCGAGCGCUCUGCUGCCCUGCUAUUCCGGCAGACCCCCUUAUAGGGGAGGUUGGGGGCUCAUUUUCUCCUCGUCCAUGCGUUUGAAGAUACACACACACUCCAGGCUGUGUGAAGCGGAGGAAGUGAUUGGCAUGUGGAGCAAACACGCACGCACACUCGCCAGCGCGCGCACUCGCCCUGAUUUGGGAACAAACACGGAUGCUGUCGUCGUGUGACUUAUGGACAGAGAGGAGGAGGUGACAGUGAGCGUGCGAGAACACACAACACACACGCACACGCGGGCGCACAGACAGGCAGAUGAGGACGGAGCAGGAGCCGCGCGACAGCCCUUGGUGUGUGGUAGACUGAUCCCUCCUGAGUGAGGUGGUGGGGUGCUCAUGGCUGCCGCACAGGGCCUGAGCUGGCUGGGCUUGAGCCUGGCUCUGCUGGCCCUCAGCGUGGUGUGCCAGAGCUGCCCGCCACGCUGCGACUGUGUGGCUCAGCUGCGCUCCGUGUCCUGCCAGCGCAAGCGCCUGUCCGGCGUGCCCGAAGGCAUCCCCACGGAGACAAGGCUGCUUGACCUCAGUCGGAACCGGCUGCGCUGGGUUUCACCGGGAGACCUGGCACCGUAUCCACGGCUGGAGGAAGUAGACCUGAGCGAGAACCUCAUCUCUACACUAGAGCCCAAUGCCUUUGCCAGUCUGCAGGCCUUGCGCACGCUGCGUCUCCGUGGGAAUCAGCUGAAGCUGGUGCCCAUGGGUGCCUUCGCUCGCCUGUCGAACCUCACAACCCUAGAUCUGAGCGAGAACAAGAUUGUCAUCCUACUGGACUACACCUUUCAGGACUUGCGCAGCCUCAAACACCUGGAGGUUGGUGACAAUGACUUGGUCUACAUCUCCCACAAGGCUUUUACAGGGUUGCUGGGUCUAGAGGAUCUGACGAUAGAAAGAUGCAACUUGACUUCCAUCUCUGGCCAAACACUGUCCUACCUACGCAACCUGGUCACCCUUCGACUACGUCACCUUAGCAUCUCCUCCCUUGAGGACCAAAAUUUCCGCAAGCUAUCUGCUCUCAGGGGACUAGAGAUUGACAACUGGUCGUACCUGGAGUACAUAUCCCCCCUUUGCUUCCAAGGCCUUAACUUGUCUUGGCUGUCCAUUACUUACACCAACAUCACUGCCGUUCCUUCUGCUUCUUUCCGCAACCUUGCUUACCUAACAUCUCUUAAUCUGUCCUACAACCCUAUAUCUGUCCUGGAACCAUGGGCAUUCAAGGAUCUGAUAAGGCUGAAAGAGCUGCACAUGGUCAGCACUAACCUGCAGACAGUGGAGCCUCAUGCUCUGGGUGGUCUGAGGCAGAUCCGAGUGCUCAAUCUGUCCAACAAUGAGCUGGUCACUCUGGAGGAGCGCUCUUUCCAUUCUGUCAACAGCCUUGAGACUUUACGAGUUGAUGGGAACCCUCUUUCUUGUGAUUGUCGGCUUCUCUGGAUCCUGCAACGCAGACGUACCCUGAACUUCGAUGGCAAGAUGCCUGUGUGUGCUGGGCCACCUGAGGUACAGGGCAACAUGCUGAGUAGUUUCACAGAUUCAGCGCUGUUUGAUUACUUUACCUGUCAGAAGCCCAAGAUACGUAACAGAAAACUUCAGCAAGUGACGGCACGUGAGGGCCAGUCGGUGUCCUUCUUGUGUCGUGCUGAGGGUGAACCAGCACCUGCCAUCAUCUGGAUCUCACCGCAGCGGAGAAGAAUCACUUCAAAGAGCAGUGGCAGGAUCACAGUCUUGCCAGGCGGAACUCUGGAGAUCCGUUAUGCCCAGGUGACCGACAGCGGCACAUACAUCUGCAUUGCCAGCAACGCAGGUGGCAAUGACACCUACUUUGCAACACUGACAGUGAAAGGACAGCCACUGGACUCGGCACUGUUUGCCAACCGCUCACUGUAUGCAGUGGACUUUAAUGACACGGGUCUGAACAGCACACGUGUCUUCCUUAAGUUCACUCUGGACCUCACCACCAUCUUGGUGUCCACAGCCAUGGGCUGCAUCACCUUCCUGGGUGUGGUGCUCUUCUGUUUCCUGCUGUUGUUCGUGUGGAGCCGCGGAAGGGGCCAACGCAAGAACAACUUCACAGUGGAGUACUCCUUCAGGAAGACGGAGGGCCCCACUACUAGUGGAACCUCCGGAGGGACCCGCAAGUUUAACAUGAAGAUGAUAUGAAACAACGCAGCCAGGGGCCCCCUGGGGGAGGCAUGAACACCCAACACAAACACACAGCGCUGACUCGCAGAACCACACACAGCAGAAACAAAACAUGAAGAACAUCCUAGGUCAAGAUUUGAUCUUAGGGUCUGAUGUGGUUAAGCUUACUUUGAUCUCACUGCCUUCGGAAUUAAUACUUUGAUUGCAGCUGAUUGUACCGUAUAUAAUGUGGCCAUAAGUCACUUUUUAUAAAUUGUUUGGAUAUUUGGUAAUCUUUGAAUUCUAAGCUAAAUGAUAAGUUUCCUUUCCCUAAGCUUCAUUUGCUUGAGUGGUUGGUUGCCACUGUUCCACAGUUUUGAAGAUACAAUAUUCUGUUAUUGCUGAUGACGAUUUUGUGAAUGCACAAUCCGAACAGCAAUUCUGAGGAACAGGACCACCAACUAAAUCUAAAGCUGUAUUAAUAAAUUUCAAAUAUAGUAGCUUAAGAAAAAUGGCAUGCAGAUGUACUGUUUAGAAAUUCCAGUUUUGAAAAUAAUCAAUUCACAUUUUAAAAAAAAGUUUUCCAUUAAUGCUUCCAAAAUUCAACCCCCGCCUAGAACAUCAUGUCAUUAAGACCAGAACCUAAUGAGAACGUAAUGUUUGAUUACAAAGAAAAUUAGCAUUAAAGCAUUAGCCUUAACAACAAAAAUAAUAGAAAAGUAAUGCACUACAAGCCACUGAAUCAUCAUUUACAACAACAAGCUUGACAUUGUGUUGCGUCUGCGAUUAGGUGCUGUGUGAGUUGGGGCAAGCACAUUGGCCGCAACACUGUGACUGCACUGCUGCUAAUGCAAUACCGUGGUACUCUUAUAGCAGCACUGCAACACAGUGGGUAUAAACUAACGUGCAACCAGGACCUCAGGGUCUGGUUAGGAAUCCAAGCCAUGGGUACUGGCUGCACAAUUAGUGGAUGUACAGUGCUUAGACCAGAGUGGAGGAGGGCUGGUAUGGGGGACUUCAUUACUUCCUAUCCUCUCCACCACCAGGCCUAAGCACAGGCCGACGACCCAUAAGCCUUCAUGGGGGGAGGCUUCCCAGGGCGUCAGGGCCAUUUGAUGUCAGACGCAUGGUGUACACAUACACAAAAACACAUGCAAACAUACACUCAAGCCAUAAGCAUUUACUGUCAGGCACAGCUCAACAGAAAAAUUAUAGCUUUAUUUAUUUACAAUGAUGAGCAAAUGCAUAGUGCUAUGCAGGGAAAGAUGUGACAUGCACACAAGCUUUCCUCACCACACUAGAGCUUCUCAUGAUUGCAUUUCAGCUAAUUGUACAAUAAUAAUGUAACCAGAGCACAUUUUAUUUUUCUAUUAUAUCAUUGUACAGACUUUUGUGUUUGAUUAACUGACUUAGUAAUUAAUUAAUUAUUAUGUUAAUUGAAAUGCAUGUUUUGUUCAUGGUUGUUGCCUUAGCCUCACCAUGCACAUUCAUUUAAUUAUGUUAAUUGCUUUUUUUUUGCAGGCACUGGCAGUAUUAACAUCAAGUGUAAUAACAAAUUAUAUUGUUUAUUUCUGAGAGUUUUUAAUGGGUAGAUAAUGUUAUGAAAGCAUAGUCAGGUGGAGCCAGUUGGAACAAUGCUUUGAAGAUAAAAACGAGCAUACAUAACAGCACUAUAAACAUGUCAUAACACCAUUUGACGCCUUUUAAUGUCAUCAUUAGUUGACUUAAGGCUCAGUGGUGUAGAGAAUUUCAGUGUUAUUUCAUAUAGGCUCCAACAAAUACUUCUUAUAUGUCACUAAAUGCAUUAUAACACACACAAAACAUAUGAGAGGGGUGCUUGGUGACAUCACCUCCGCCCCAGUCUCUGUUCACUUUCUCUGACACUAUUGGCGGCCCGUGUGCGAAAGUCUCUGCUUCUCCUGCCCAGUCUUAACCCCCCAUUAUUCCACAUUCCCCACACCCCGACUGGGUCUCAAUGAGGGAGGGGUCCCUGGCUGGUGACCACGGAUGUAAAUGAAAAUCAUGACACCCAUCUAGCCCAUGUGUAUUUGACUGUAGAAGGUAUUAUCUCUUUAUAUGUUUAGUUUUGGUAUGUGUUUCUUACCUAAUUUUAAUGGAUUUAUUUGUAUUAAUGUUUUGAAAUCACCAGUUGUUAGCCAGAUUUUGUUUAAGAACUAUCUGUUCUCAAUACUAAACUGUUACCACAUACCACAUUUGGGAAAUUGAUAAGAAGAGGGAAUACAUGAUAAAAUACGAUAUUAUAUCAAGACUGCUCAAGUGCUGCCUUUAUAUGCUAAGGAAAUGAUGAAUACCCCAUAACCCCCAGUCAAAGUUGUGUGUGAACCAGUCAUAGCUUCAAGAACUUUGGAAUUAAUUGUGAAACACACCUUUUAUCAUGGGACGUCUUUCAUUAUCAGUGGUCAAUGGGGAAGAAAUUUUUUGUUUUUCUAAAUGCAACUGACAUUCUAUGUCCAAAGGUUUAUAGACACCUGUUAAUCCAAUGUUUCUUCUGAAAUUAAGGGUAUCAAUCUGGAAUUUGUCCCCCUUUCCUGCAGUAACAGCAUCUAUUCUUAUGGGAAGGCUUUAUGUUAGAUAUUUGAACAUUACUUUAAAAUGCAUUCAGCUACAAGAUUAGUUGGAAUAGUUGUGCAUAACAAAUGCCACUCCAGCUCAUCCCAAAGGUAUGGAAUGGAGUCCCAUUACUUCAUAGAAUACAGUUCCACUGCUCCAUAGCCCAAUACUGGGAGGCUUUAUACCCCUCUAGCUGAUACUCUGCAUUGGGCAUUGUACACUUAGGCUCAUGUUCAGCUGCUCCAGAGCAUCCCAUUAUAUUGGUCAAUGCUUUAUGCAAGCUGUAUGUACAUGACUUGUGUCAGGCAUGGGUGUAGUUGGCAGUAUAGCUGAAUUCACUCAUUAGAAGGGCUAUCUGAAUAUUUUUAGAUGUAAAGUGUACUUUUAGUAAUCACCAUUUAGGCCAUGGGUUUUGCUUUCAUGUCUGCUGGUCACAUGAUGCAGAUUUUUACAAUUGGAAAAAACAUUAGAUACCACAAUAGCUAACUAGCUAACCAUGUUUUCAGCUAUAAAUCACUUGAAGAUAAAGAUGACCCACCCGCCCUUUUCAAUACCAUUAUUAAUAAAGCCCUUGUCAGUUUAGCCUCACCAUUUUCCCUUGGGGAAUGCCCAACACCACCGUAAUAGCCAUUCCAUCACUUUAUUAGCACAAGUGAAGUUUAUUUAUUGUCAUAAUAAUAAAAUACUUUAAAAUUGCUUAAUCAAAACAUUUGUUUCGGUCUGUUUAAAGUGGGUUUUACAUAGUAAACUUAUCCAGCUGUUAUACAUGACUGCUGGUACAACGUUUAUUAUUUUCCUCUGCUAAUUUGCUAGUUCGAAAGCUAAAGACUUCACAGUUAGCAUCAAGAAAGGCAAUGCAACAAGGGUAAUAGACACACAAAGCAGUUAUUCACAGAAUAUACAAACAUUCUGUUCAGACUUCUCAAAAAAUGUUCUGCAUGACAAAGUUUGCAUGGCUAGCUAAUUAGAGUUAACUUAAGCAAUGCAGGGGAGUAAUUGGGGAGUCAAAGUUGGUGAGGGCAUGUUUAAAAAAGAAUUGAAACAGGACAAUUGGGAUAUGUCAUUCCAAGAGCAGGUAAAAGCAGCAUAAAUUUGGAAUCAGAAUAAAUUAAAAAGGCCAUGGGCCUUGCUGUGGUGCGCUCCCUACAGGCAUACACACAAAGGUGAUGACCCCUUAACAUCAAGUCACUGACGAUCUUCAGCUGACUUGCAUAAAGACGUUUUGAAUUUAAUAUUUCAGUCCUGCAUGGAGGUACUAAAAAAUCCACCUGGGAGCUGGUGUUGAGAACAGAUUGACAAACCAAAGAGCCACGGGUAUACCAAUGAUGAUGAUUCUAGGUAAACAUAUCACUCUUUUUGGUGCCCACCCCCUUUCCACAUUUUUUUUCUCUUUUGUAACCUAGUUAAGUGUUCUCAGACCUCACCGACAUCAUCAGCAGUGAAGUAGGGUGGAGUGUGCUUGUUGUGAGUACAGUCGAUGUUGUCCUUGUGGCCUGUGACUUGAUGUUGUUUGUUCGGUUGGUUGUUCAAGUUCGUUUUCUAGUUUCUUAGCUCUUUCUGUUAGCAUUAGCUCCUUAGCCGUGCAGUCAGUCACUGUGUGUAGGUGUGGUGGUGAAAGGAGAGAAAGGAGGCUCAGCCGGGAUGUGAAGCCACGCCCUCCCGGCAUCACUUCUUAUGGACACUUCUUUCCCGCAGCGGCAUCCAGGGACUCUGUAGUGACUGGAAUGCUACAUUUCUGUCAUACCUGUAUCGAAUUUCCUAUUCACACUUCAGAAAAUAGAACACAGUGCGAAAUAUUUGAAGCAGAUUGCUUUAGAUUGGUAAGCUUGGUGAAUUCAGCUCCAGGGGAGAUAAUUAUGGGUUUUUAAUGCAGUAUGACAGCAAGAAUUUUUUUAGCAUGCUAGCAUGAUGUGUUCCCUCUUCUGAAGUGAUGCAUAUGCACCAUGAAAAAAACAUGUAAUGUCACACGGAUAUUUAAGAUCGGAUGUGUGUGAUCGUAUAUGAAAUUAUCCUUAAAUGCAAAGCAUUGGGUCUGCUAAAAGACAGGUACGUUCAUGGGCCAAGAGAAAUCGUGACGAGCCGAACUCUGUUCAGACAGAGCAAUAUCCUCCUUUGAGCAUUCAACGGUUUUCAGUUUUCAUCAAACGCACUCAGUUGAGUUGUUCCAUUUCUGUCACUGACUCUGUUCUGCCCCCUACCGAGAGUGUGUUUGACUGACAGACCGGAAUCCCUUUGACCUCCAUUCCUCUGUCUCUCUCCCCGCCCCUUUCUCUAGCCCCCUCUCUCUUUCUGUUUCCACUCUGUCUCUGAGGACUGAAGCUCUGACACCUGCCUCCCAGACACACAUUUUGCAGCAAUAACCAAAGAUGUAGGCUAUAGAGGAGCUGAAGGACUUCAAAUGUUCCACUAGUUGAGUUUGGAAAUGACAGGCAUGUUUACAACAAUGACUGUCUAUUCUGAACCAGACACCUUGCUCAGUAUAUGAUUAUUGAUAUUAAAACUGGCCAACCUGGUAAAAGAAUGUCUGUAGUUGGGAAAGGGUUACAUCUAUGUGGAAUGGAAAAUUCACAAUUAAUUAAGCAAUUAAAGAACUGCUCAGAGAAAAUGUAUCAUUUUAUAUAUCAUUUUCUGUUAUCAACUCAGAAUUCAGUGUGUUUCCAGUUUAUUAGCUAAACCUACUUUUACCUGCACUCACUGACCAUUUCAUCAGAAACAUCAACAGUACAUGUACUGAGGGUAGGUACAUGCUUAAAAAUGAAGGUGCUACAAAGGGUUCUUAGGAGUGGUGCUGUUUAGUAUCACCUAGUGAUAGUGUGCAAAAUCCCCCCUGAUAUUUGGAGGUCUCAUGUUAGCUGACUACUCCAGCACUGGCUAACUCAAUCACAGUAGCACCACUCAAUGGCAGCAAAAUGGUCUUAGUUUAGAAACAGUCUUUUCUAGUUUAAUAAUGCUGUCAUUUGCACAUUAAUUGAGGUCUUACAUGUCUCUUUUUUGUCUUCAGUUUGACAAAUUAGUAACAAUUCACUCAUUAUACUAGUCUCUUGGGAAAUGGGGCAGGUUUUCAGAUUUUCAAAUAUGCUACAGCACAUUGUAAAGUUUUUCAGAAGUGUCCAAGGUAUAGUUACAGUUGGAGGGCUAUAAAGGACCAACUGGGAAAACCAAUUUGCUACAGAACCACAUUGAGGCAGAUCAGUGCUGCAGCUCCAGUUAGUUAAGACUACCCCAGACAGAAUUUGCUGACUGUGCCUGAAGAAAGCUUAAUCAUGGCCUUUUCCUGAAUGUGUAUUUGAGAGUCUGUUUUACACUAAUGGACAACAAAAUAUCUUCAUUCAGGGGGUCUAAGAGGUUAAUUAGAGGGCCCCAGACCACCUGGGACUGGCUUUAUUUUGCAUCUUGCCUACUAAGACAACAUAUUUUAUAUUUUAUACAUUUUUGUUUUAAGACUUGAUUUUUUUAGUAUUUUUGUUUAAAUCUGUGAACCUUAACAAAAAAUUAUUAAAGCAUAUAUACUGAAAUAUGCAGAAUUGUAAGGCUAACAAGUUAGCUAGCCUUUGUCUUUUUGGCCCCCAACCCAUCAUUUGGCCUCCCAAGGCAGAAAGUUUGGGUGCCAAUUUCACAAAGAAAAAGUUUUUUUUUUCACAAAACCUAAUGUCCAAGCCAAGAACCAUUUAGGAAAGAAUCUAUGUCUUUUUAAGAGUGUUGUUGUAGCUAAUAGACUGGCAAUUCACUGUACAUAGUUGAUACAGAAGUGAGCAGAAUUUUUAUGAAAAGAUGGCAGAAAAGCAGCUGUUAGUUGUGCCAAACUAAAUAUCAUGUUAUGAAUUUGCAAUAGAUGACACACGUUUUCCUCAUGCUGGCAGUCUAGUCUCAGAGUAACUUUUCUUCUCUGAUCUUCAGAAAGUAGGUCUAACACUCCCUCGCCCCCUCAUCAGUCUGGCCUCGCCUGCAGUCUCCUGCACACACACAUACAGGGAACAGAGGACCCUGCUGUAUCUCUCGUUCUCUCUCACACACACACACACACACACACUCAUGCAUACUUUUUCUCUACACACACACACAAAGAUGCAGGCACACAUAGGCAGCAACAGGACACGCUUCUCACAUGUACUCAUUACCAGCAGUCAUCUGCAGACAGACACCACAGGACACCACUUCAGACUCUCAAGCACUCCAGCUAGUCAGCUGCAGUCUAAUGGCUCAAAUAAAGGCCUUUUUGAUAUUUAUGCAUGCAUUCCUUUCAUCUCAAGGUCACAGGGUGUUUUACUCUUUUAUUCAGGAGACAUUCUGACCCACGUUUAUUAAACGCUAAUGCAGUGAGGUCAUCAGUAUUCCAUCAUGUAUACCCUCUAAAAACCUCUCAUUCAGAGGUGCUGAGGUUCUUUUCUUUCUGAGAUAAGAAAGGGAUCCAGCUUAUUUUCAAUGUCACGGUAAUGAUUUCACAAUGAUAACCCAGCUGCAUGGAUGAAUAUGCUAUCAGGCUUGCAUUAGCUUCCAUUUUAGCAAAGCUUUUCUUUAACGUGUCUGGGCGGCAGAUGUAAAUUCAAAGGGAUUCCGUUUACAUUAAAGAAGAAUGGCGAAGCGUGUGGGCUUUUGAAAGGGGAAACAGAGCAUCUCCACAUUGAGGUUUACAUUAACCUCAUCUUCACAACGUCUGUCUCCCCUUAACAAGAAAGGGGGAGAGAGAGAAAUUGUUAAAAGGCGUUCUAUACAUUUUAAUGACAUAAGAUAAAUGAUAACAAUGUCCUCUCCAGAUUGAUCAGGCGUUGAAAAUUACUCCACUGCUCUCUGGUGGUGAACAGCAGUAAUACAAUGCAUGUCCUCAUGAAAUCGGAACGAUUUUCUCUCCCUGUUAUCGAAUUUUCUUAUAUAAAGCUCAUUACCUGCCAUAUGCUCUAAAGUAGUUUUACACAGAGCAAAUUAUGACUGUUAGCCUCAACGAAUAUUCUAACUCUGCUAUCUCUACAUUUAGCGAACCAUAUUAGUACAUUUUGGGGAUGAAAUGAGCAUGGACAGCUAAUAACAGGAAUCGGUUGAAUGAAGGGAGUUUUCGGAUUUCAGAUUUCUCCUCUUACACUAGUCUUUUUCACAAGCCAAGUCUUUUCUGAACCAAAUGUAUGUCAAAAAUUACACUAAGCUAGCCCUACAGCUAGCCCUGAAUCUGUUAGCCUAACAGUGUCUGUUGGAAAAGUCAAAACAAUGCUAGUAGCUUUGUUGCUAUCCGUGAAAAAACAUCCUGACAGAAAAUAGAGUAGGUUUACAAGAAGAACACGAAGAAGUGCCAUGAUUUUGGUGACACAUUUACUGUUAAUAUUUGUACUUAUGAGAAAUAAAUCUUGAUAAAGAGAUUCAGGAAUGCUACUCUCAAAAUGGUUUUCUCUCUUGUGCAUUAGCAGAUUUGAUCUAUGCAUGCCUUUCUUUGAGAUCUCCCUGAAACCUGCCGAGCACACCUGUUAUUGUGAAGAAUCUCAUUUAAUGUGCUUUAAGCAUACUGUGGGAUUGGAUGAACAAAUAAUAAUUAUCCAGGAUAUAAAUCUUUAUGAAUAACAGCCAUAUGUGCACGAUUAGCCACUGGUGUGAUGUGCGUUGAUUAAAAAGAUUUUGUGUGAUUCUCAGAACUACUAUAGCCUACUACUAUUUGUAUAGAAAUCCUUUGUCUUCCUGGGACCAGUGUGUUGCUUUGAGCUUUUUCUGACUUUACGAUGUUUAUCUGCUUUUAAUAUGUGAUUGCAAGCAAUUCAUACUGUGAUUAUAGUCUUAAAGCCAUUCUGUCUUUUACAGGCAUUAUUCACUGUGGCUUCUUGCUCUUCCUGGUCUAUAGUGAUAGAGAGGAUUGAUCUGUGACUUGACCGCUGCUACUGAUCUCUCACUCUCUCUCUCUUUCAUCAUAAUCCAGUCCUGCUGAUAAAGAGAGAGCCACACUCAGUGCCACAGAGAAACUAAUAGGCCUACUAAAUGCAGGAAAAGUGCCAUAGAUACUGCCACACAAGCAGAGAAAAUAAAACAUGAAGUCUAAUCAUUAGAGGAUUUGCCAUUGAUAUUUCAUUCAAGAGGAUGAGCCAAAAUGAAAUGUCUAUCACAACAGUGCCACAGAUACACACUUGCUGAUAUGUUGGAUGUAUAGGCGGUAUCAUUGGCUUUAGAUGUAUAAAAUAGCCAACAAAAAAAAAAUUGUCACUCUAAAAAAACUACACACACAGCUUUAUGGUGGUCAGUUGAUCUGCAGUCAUACAGUACCACAGUUUGUCUGAAUCUCAGACGCCCCCCCUGCUCUCUAUGUACUGCUCUACAUACAGUGUCAUGCAAAAGUCAGAGACCACCCUUUUGUUUAUUUCGUUUCCACUCAAACGGCCAUUAAAGACAAAUUAAGAGAUAUAUUUCUCUAGAUAAUCCACUUGAAUAAGGAAGGAAAAUGUCAAAUGAAAAUCAGGAGCUUCCAAAACUGGAGAUCAAAAAAUGAACAGAUAUAAAGAAAAUGGGAUAUACAAAGAAAAACUUUGUAGACCAUCAAAACGGUCCCCAUCAGAUAAACAGUACAUAUACAGUUCUGGAGAGCGACUGUUGAUAUUUGAACUCAACAGCAAACCAAAUACACUCCUCCAAACAGUGCUCCUCAAGCCCCACCCCCCAAAUUCAUGGAUAAGAAGGCGAACAACACUAAGCUAACAAACUUUUUAUUUUACGUCUUCAUGGCUAUAAAACCCUGUGCUGUACAGACAAAAUACCAUGAUACAACUUGAGAGCAACCAACCACACAGCAAACCAUGUAACUAACAUUAGAUAGAUUGUGAGUUAGCAAAUUGUUGCUAGAAUUGCUGCUACGAAGCUAACCAGUCGCUAACACAAACAUUAGCAAACGGGACAAAACAAUACUGACCUACUGGUUCUGUAAGACAACAAAACGUGAAGUUAAUGUUACCCACCUGUCAAGCAGAGACAGGGCAACCUCCUCAUCCGUUUUCAUGCCAUUCAGCUUUCUCAAUAAAACUGCUUGUUUUUUGUCAGCUUCUUGUUCAGAUUUUCCACCUUAAGUGGUACAGCAGUUACAUUUAGGCACCUCAGGUGCAGAAAGGAACUGCUGCACGAUUUAAAGUGGAAUGAGAAAUUGCUAAUAGGAAGCCAACUUUAGCCUCAUCAACUUCAAGGAAGAUUCAGCGGAGGAAUAUUUGAAGGCUUUGUCAACUUUGAGGAAUAUUUGGAAUAUUUUUCACCUGAAUGUUGUCUACUGUACUCUGCUAUCAUGCGGUCACUGUCUUUGUCUCUUGGGGAGGGCAAAACAAAAGGUGGGGAGGGCCAACAUGUUCGCAGGGUGGGACUAACAUGCACACAUGGCGGGACUGGCUAUGAAAACAAAAAACAGAGAAGCUAGGAUUUCAACACCAACAAGGCCUGCGACCUCAUUCUCUGCUCAGGAUGCCUUUACUCCACUAUAUAGUUGCAUAGAAAAUAGUUUGCUGCUAUAUUAAUGUUCAAAUUGUCCUCUGUAGAACCUUUAAAGCUUUCAUCUUUGCGAUAGAUGCUCCACUCUCUGCAGGUGUUUUUAAACUCAACGCUAUAGGUCUGAAAGGAUGUGUAGCUGUGAAGAGGCUGUCACUGAUAAAACAACGGACUGACCACUCCUGUGCCCAGACAUCAACAUUGUUGAAGAUGUUUAGGAUUACUUAAAUUAACAGAGUAAGAAAAUGCAAUCAACUUUGAAGACUGAACUUUCUAUUUCUGCAGAUUUGUUUGCAAAAUGGAAGCUGUAAUGAACGCAAAGAGUAGAAAAAACUUAUAUUCAGUUGGGGAGGCCACUGUGUAAAGUUUUCCUAUUUUCCUGAUGCAGUUUUGACUGGGAAUUAAAUAAAUGAAGGGUGAUCUCUGACCUUUCCACGAUACUGUAGGUCACAAAAGUAUGGUGUAUUAGUUAAUUCCCAAAGGCAUCUAACUUAAUGCACUAUUUGGAUGUAGAAAUCAUCAUGGAUUAUGCAGUACACUAAGGAGGAGGGAGCCAUUUGAGAUUCAAUUGUUGCAAAUAUCGGGGCCAUAUUUAAAAAAUAUUCCUAAUACAGUUUUAAGCUUUAUUAUGUGCCAUUACAGUGUAUUUAUAAGCCUUGCUUUAUCACAUUGGCCUACAUGUAUGUAUUCUUUCCCAUGCCAUUCAGGGACUGUGUUCAACAGUACAGUAAAUUGUAUGUAUGUGAGAAUCGCAUGCCACUUUGAUUUGGAUCGAUCGACUGAUCGAUUUCAGCUGUGCAUAUAUUUCAUCCAACCCCACGGCAGCUUGGUCUUGUCUUGAAUAAUGUGUUUUCUAAGCAUAUGUUUGUUUUAUACUGUUUGUCUUGUAACGAACAGAGAAAAAAAACACCUUUUAUUCAUAAAAGCAUGUUGUACACUGUG